GUCAAGUAAAUAGUGGUGCUUCUAAGCUCUUCUCUGGUGGUCUACAAAUGGGGCGUUGUGAUAACCAGGUUCAGCAUGACCGGCUUUUAAACGAGAAUUCCCAAUAUAUUUCCGAAAAAGGGAAAGCGCCUUCUUGUUCUCUUUCGUCUAGCUGGCUUAAAACUUUCCUGAUUUUUUUUACUGCAAUUAUGAUGGGUAUCGCAAUGGCCUUUAUUGGCCUUGGUAUUUAUUUGUCACUAACCAGAAAUCCAAUUUUACCAGUGUUACUGGGCGAAACGGCCUAUGUCAACACUUACCUUCUUAUAUGCAUUGGCAUUUUGUUGAUAGUUGUUUGUGUAUUUGGGUUUGUUGCGAUAUCAAAGAAUGAAAUCAAACAUUUAAAAUGGUUUUGUGCUGCGACGGCUGCUGUUGUGUACUACAAAUUAGCAUAUGGAUGGAACACUGAUGCGCUUAUCUCAAAAUUGCAUAAUGAGUACCACUUGGCAGACGCUGUUGCAGCUCGUGCUGUAGACGAUCUCCAAAAACAGUUUCGUUGUUGUGGAGCAAGGGAUUAUCGCGAUUGGUACGGGACGGGUUUUGAAAUAACCUCGAAGAUCACUUCAAACAGGACCUCCACAAUCCCUAGUAUCGUCCCGAAUUCCUGCUGCAUUGGUCCUCAUGCGGAGUGUGGCAAGAUAAUCCAUCCUUCAAAUAUCUACUACAAGGGCUGUAUGUCGGCGGUUACGGAUGAACUGAACUCGAACCUUUUUAUAAUCUGUGUGGUUCUUCUCGGUCUCGCAGUUGUUGAGGUAAGUUAG